GGGAGCGCAAUUUAAAUCCAAAACAGUUGCGGAGGCGCAGAGCGGCGGGGAGCGCGCACACUGACGCACAGCAGUCCGCAGACAGACGCUUCAGGUCCGGGGACAGCUGCACUGGAGACGCGUCUUCUCCAAAGUGCGCACGGUGCGUCACGGAGCAGCGGAAAAGACGCGCGGCGACCAGUCCACGUCCAGUUUGCGCUUUUCCCAGGAAGCAGCGGAUCUCCUGCGGACUCCAGGGAGGAAUGUUCGUCUCUGAGCGGAUUAUCGCUGCCCUCAGCUCCCGGUGACUCCCGCCGCCCCAGCGGGGCUCCGUCCCUAACGCGGCCGCCCACAGCGCCUCCUCCCCGGCCUCCUCGCAGCUCCAGCGGUCGUUCAUAUGAGCGCGGCAUUCAGUCCGUCCUUCAUGGUGAUGCAGCGGCCACUCGGAAGCACCACCGCCUUCAGCAUCGACUCCCUGAUCGGGGGGCCCCCGCAGCCCAGCCCGGGACACUUCGUCUACACCGGGUACCCCAUGUUCAUGCCCUACCGCUCCGUGGUGCUGCAGCCGCCCCCUCCGCCGCCUCCAGCCCUGCAGCAGGCGCUGCCCGGCGGCCACCACCCGCAGAUGCCCAGCCUGCAGAGCGGCUUCUGCUCCAGCCUGGCGCAGGGGCUGACGCAGGGCAUGGCGCUCACCUCCACCCUCAUGGCGUCGCUCCCCGGCGGCUUCUCGCCGUCCCAGCAGCACCAGGAGGCCGCCAGGAAGUUCGGCUCGCAGGCCCUGCACGCCGUCUUCGACAAAACUCAGGAGCUGCGGCUGGAGGCGGACGACGGCAAGAGCUUCAUGCCGGGCAAAGAGUCCGCGCUGCCGGCUUUCCACGACGCGGACACGCCGCUGCAGACAGCCACAGCCAGAGCGCACAGUAAGGAAGACGCCAAGGAGGACGACGGCGGCCGGAAGGAUGAGAGCUUCUCCAUGGACAGCGACCUGGACUACAGCUCCGACGACAACCUCACGUCCCUGUGCCACAAGGAGGACGGGGACGGCGGCGGAGGCCUGGACGACGGGCCGCACCUCCACGGCUCCUCCGGCGGCGGCGGCGGCUGCGCGUCCGGCGGCGGCGCGGCGGGCGGCGGCAGCGGCAAGAACCGGCGGCGGCGCACCGCCUUCACCAGCGAGCAGCUGCUGGAGCUGGAGAAGGAGUUCCACUGCAAGAAGUACCUGUCCCUGACCGAGCGCUCCCAGAUCGCGCAUGCGCUCAAGCUGAGCGAGGUGCAGGUGAAGAUCUGGUUCCAGAACCGGCGGGCCAAGUGGAAACGGGUCAAGGCCGGCAACGUGAACAACAAGUCCGGGGAGCCGAGCCGGAACCCCAAGAUAGUGGUUCCGAUCCCGGUGCACGUCAGCCGCUUCGCCAUCAGGAGUCAGCACCAGCAGAUGGAGCAGGCCCGGCCCUAGGAGAGCCCCGGUUCUGCGCGCAGCCGAACCGGAACCACCCGACGAACUCUCCAUUGCUUCAUUUGUUUUUGACACAUUCGAUUAAAACGUUUCCUCUUUAUUCCACGAGUCUGCCCGACGUGGGUCAGAACUCGCCUCGCUGAUCGGGUUCUGCUCGGUUUGGGACACGAACUCGUUUCUUGUUGACCUCUGAGCCUGAGACCGUCGAUCCUGCUGAAAGAGCCGCAGUUUUUUUUUUUUUUUUUUAAACCCGCUGCAGCUGCGCCAAAAACUGCGCAUCGAGCCGCAGCGCAGCGAGGAGGAGGAGGAGGAGGAGGAGGAGGAGGAAGAGGACAGCUGAUCAGCGCCUCCUCUUCGCGCGGAGGCAGCCAGGCGGGACUGAGCGGAGCCGUGAGGUUCUGCUGCUUUGGACUGGGUCAAGCUGCUAAUUUAUUUAUACACUAAUGUGCAAAUCUGCGAUUAAAGGACGCAAAGUGA